AUGUCAAACCUUAACAAUGUGGAUUACGACGAAGAUGAUGCUUUUCUCUAUGGUACAUUAGAGAACGAGACGACUACAGAACAAGUGGAGAAUGAAGGCGAUAAUGAAAUAGAUCAAAUUUACCCAGAGGACAUACAGGAUGUUGAUCCCCUGGAACCAUUGGAAGAGAAUGGCAAUGUAGAAACACAUGAGUCGGCGGAGGAGCAAGAACAGGGACAACUGAGUAAAGAAGUCACGGAAGAAGACGAAGAAGAGGAGGAUAGUGAAUCUGUAUAA